AUGGAGCUGAGAAAGAGCGAGGAACCACUCUCUAGGCAAAUGGUGCCUCUGAUCCUGCUACUCUGUGUGUCCAUCGGGGUGAGCACAGAAACCGUCCGGUACUCUGUGCCUGAAGAGGCGGAGAGAGGCUUCUUUGUGGCGAAUAUGCUGACGGAUUUGGGACUCACGGGCGAGGAAUUAUCGGCUCGGCAGGCUCGGCUCAUACCUGAAGGAGAUGAGCGAUAUUUACAGCUGAACCAGCACACUGGGGAUUUGUUGGUGCAGGAAAAGAUCGAUCGAGAGACGCUGUGCGGGCAGAGUGAGCCUUGCUUGGUGCGAUUCGAGGUGCUGCUAGAGAGCCCACUGCAGUCCUUCCGAGCCGAGGUAAGCGUCACCGAUAUAAACGAUCAUGCUCCUGUGUUCUUAAAUAAGGAAAUGAUUUUAAAGAUCCCGGAAACUGCGAUGCCGGGAGCUCGUUUUUUGCUGGAAAGUGCUCAGGAUCUAGAUGUGAGCAACAACAGUCUCCAGCAUUACAACAUCAGCCCGAACGACUAUUUCCAUAUCUCCACACGGAGGCGGAGUGAUGGCAGGCGCUAUGCCGAGCUGGUACUGGACCAAGCCUUGGACAGGGAGGAGCGGGCAGAAGUAAUUUUCAGCAUCACGGCUGUGGACGGUGGGUCUCCGCCGCGUUCUGGUACCGCCUUGAUUCGCGUGCAAGUUCUGGAUGUAAACGACAACAUCCCGGUGUUCACCAGGAGUCUGUAUAAAGUUCGCAUGCCUGAAAAUAGCGCUGAGGAGACGUUAGUGAUGGCGGUGUCUGCUAGCGAUUUAGACACAGGAAUGAAUGGGGAAAUAGAGUAUUCCAUUGUUCAAAAUUCGGAGGAGAAUCAUCAGACUUUCAAAAUAAACCCCAAAACAGGGGAGAUUCGACUCAAAAAGACAGUAGAUUAUGAAGAAACAAAGACUUAUGAGAUAGACGUCCAGGCCACGGAUGGAGGGGGGCUGUCUGCACAUUGCAAGGUUCUGGUGGAGGUCCUCGACGUGAACGACAACGCCCCCGAGGUGGUGCUCACCUCCCUCUCCAGCCCCCUCUCGGAAUCAGCGCCACCGCAGACGGUGGUCGCCCUGUUCAGUGUGCGGGACCGGGACUCGGGGGAAAACGGCAGGACGAGCUGCGAGUUGCUGGGCGAACAACCUUUCAGCAUCGCGGCGCUUGGAGUAGACUCGUACGCGCUAGUGACGGCAGAUGCGCUGGACCGGGAGCGGGAGGCUCAGUACAACGUUACCGUGCGCGCCCGCGACGCCGGGAUUCCAGCGCUCUCCGCGGAGCAGCCGCUACUUGUGCGUCUCUCGGACGUGAAUGACAAUGCGCCCGCCUUCACCCAGGCCUCCUACACCCUGGUGCUGCCAGAAAACGAGCCCGCGGGGACCAGCCUAGGCCGAGUGAGCGCGACGGACGCCGACGAAGGGAAAAACGCCCACGUGACCUACGCGCUGGUGCCGCCCGCGCCCGGGGCGCCCUCCUUCGUGUCGGUGGACACGGAGAGCGGGACCAUUCGGAUGCUGCGCCCACUGGACUACGAGGAGGUGCGCACCUUCCAAGUGGCCGUGCGCGCCACCGACGGCGGAUCCCCGCCGCUCAGCGCCCAGGCCGUGGGCUACCUGGUGGCCAAGGUGGUGGCGGUGGACGCGGACUCGGGGCAGAACGCGUGGCUGUCCUACGAGCUGGCCAAGGCGACGGAACCGGGGCUGUUCCGCGUGGGGCUGCACAGCGGCGAGGUGCGCACGGUGCGGGCCGUGUCGGAGCGGGAUGCGGCGAGGCAGAGACUCGUGGUGCUUGUGCGGGACAGUGGGCAGCCGUCGCGCUCCUCCAGCGUCACCCUCAGCCUUGCUCUGGUGGAAGGCUUUUCUGAAGCUCACCUGCAGCUUUCCCACACUUCUGCGGGCAAACCAGAGGUGGAAGAGGAGGAGAAUGUACUAACCACCUACCUUAUCGCUUCCUUGUGCUCUGUGUCCUCUCUCUUCCUCUUAUCCAUCUUCGCCUUUUGGGGUACAAAGCUCUGCAAGGAUCGACUAUGGGGAGGGAAUUCAUCUCCCUCUGCCCCUUCUUUCACUGAUGGCGAUUUCUCCGGUAGUUUUUUGGACGUGGCCGGCAUGGGGACUCUGUCGCGGGCGUACCGCUAUGAAGUGUGCUUGACCACUGGCUCGGGGAACAGCGCAUUCAAGUUCCUGAGACCUGUCCUCCCCAGCCCUCCUCCUCCACAAAGCUGCGCUGAGGCUGAAGCAGGCAAGGACGAGGACUUUUUGCCCCACUCGCAACCGACUUCUGAAAGGGAAGUUAAUCAG